AUGUAUGGGGCCAAUAGCUCCAGUCUGACACCAAGAUUCUUCAUCCUCAAUGGGAUUCCUGGACUGGAAGUUGCCCACAUCUGGAUCUCCCUCUCAUUCUGCUUCAUGUACAUCAUUGCUAUGGUAGGGAACUCAGGGCUUAUGUACCUCAUCAUCCAUGAGGAGGCCCUACAUCGGCCCAUGUAUUACUUCCUAGCCCUGCUGUCCUUUACAGAUCUUACUGGGUCCACUACAUUUGUCCCCAAUAUGUUGUGCAUCUUUUGGUUCAGUCUCAAGGAGAUUGACUUUAAUGCCUGCCUUGUGCAGAUGUUUUUCAUUCACAUGCUGACAGCCAUGGAGUCUGGCGUGCUCAUGCUCAUGGCUCUGGACCGCUACGUGGCCAUUUGCUACCCUCUACGCUAUUCCACCAUCCUCACCAAUGCCGUAAUUACUAAGGUUGGGCUUGCCACCUUCAUGCGAAGUGUGUUGAUUAUAAUGCCAUUCACAUUCCUGAUCAAGCGUCUUCCCUACUGCAAGGGCAACCUCAUCCAUCAUACCUAUUGUGACCAUAUGUCUGUGGCCAAAUUAUCCUGUGGCAAUGUCAAGAUUAACGCUAUCUAUGGUCUCAUAGCUGCGGUAUUGGUUGGAGGAUUUGAUAUUUUCUGUAUUUCCAUGUCUUAUACUAUGAUUAUCCGUGCUGUAAUGAAUCUGUCCUCAGUAGAUGCUCGCCACAAAGCCUUCAGUACCUGUACAUCACAUAUAUGUGCAAUUGUCAUCACCUAUGUCCCAGCCUUCUUCAGCUUUUUUACUCAUCGCUUUGGAGAACACACCAUACCCCACCACAUCCACAUCUUUAUUGCCAACCUCUACCCACUGCUGCCUCCCACCUUGAAUCCAAUUAUCUAUGGGGUGAAGACCAAGCAGAUACGUGAAGGAGUGAUAAAUUGUUUUUUAAAGAGAAAGAUAAUUUUGAAUACGAGAUAA